AUGGCAAGAGGAAAGGCGAAGAAACCAUCUCACCGCCUGCUGCCAUCCUUCGGGACACACUUGAAUGCUUAUUUCGUUCCCCUUGUUCCAACGGCAGAACUCCAGACCUUUGCUUUUAUCAAACCUGGAACAGUAAUAUGGAAAGUAUGGCCCGCUGUCCUCGUGCAGACCGCACUCAGUGCAGUAAUCGUUUAUCUGGCGGAGAAUGCCAUCUUGGAUUUAUCCAUUGAUUCAGUCAUGCUCACCGUGAUGGGUGUGGUCAUCGGCUUCGUCAUUUCCUACCGCGCUUCUAGCGGUUACGAUCGUUACUGGAUGGGACGGACCGCUUGGUCUGAUGUUGUGCGCAACAGUAGGACGAUCUCUCGGCUUAUCUGGUAUCAUGUACCGCCAAGACUCGCACCGCCCAAAGACGCAGACAUCCGUAUCUCGAUGCAGGAGGCUGAGCUGGUGCUCGAGGAGAAGAAGAUCGCGCUGGAUUUGGUACAAGCUUAUGCGAUUUCUCUUAAGCAUCACCUAAGGGGUGAAAUGGGGGUAUAUUAUGAGGACCUUUAUGAACUUGUUUGGGCCGUACCACACUCAGUGUCAGAAUCUGCCGAGUUGGUUGCUUCUCCGUCUUCGAUGGCUUCUCUCGCUCUGCCCACAAUUGUCGAAGAAGUACUUCCCAAUUCGAGGGAAGGGCCCGCUCUUGCACCCAUCACAGUGCAACCUGCCGCAAAGAUCCCGCCUUUUAUCCAAUUCCAGGUUACUAAGCCUACUGAUCGCCUCUUAAACGGCGCAUAUACACAACUAGACCAUUCGCACAAUGGCAUCCCGCACCGAAUGGGAACCGAACCCUCUCAACCGCUCCUUCCAGCAAAGGCGUCGGCGAGGACAAGGUGGUCAACCGAACUCAUCCCAUUCGAGACCAUCUUCCUCCAUCUAUUCGAUCUGCUUCUUUGCCGUGAGUUUGAAAGCAAGGCCAAAAAAGAGAUAAGAAGAAAGGCUAGGAUGUCGAAGCAUCGGCCGCGGGUUGCAGGGGGAGGUGAUAACAUCCCCAUGGAGGUCUUGGGUUGUCUAUCGGAAUGGGUCGCAACUCUUGACGCACGCAGCACCGUUACUGGAAGCCCCCUGGGUGGUUUGUAUGGAGCUCUUCAGCAAUUCGAAGCUAGCCUUACAGAGUGCGAGAAAAUUCUGACGACGCCGUUGCCUUUCGUUUAUUCGGUUCACCUAAGGCAUACUGUAUGGCUAUACUUGUUCUUCUUGCCUUUCCAGCUUGCGCGUACUUUCGCCUGGCUCACCGUGCUUGGUGUAUGCUGCGCAUCCUUCUUCUACCUCGGAUUUCUAGCCGCUGGCGACGAGUUAGAGCAACCCUUUGGAUACGAUCAAAACGGCGAGUCAUUCUCGCAAGAUCUCGAUCUCGACUUGUUUUGCAAGAUUAUCCAUGACGACAUCCAGCAUCUGAUGGACAGUGCCACCCCAUACAGCCAAUUGGCGCUCAACGGAGGACCGGUUUCACAGGGUCGCAUCGCUGCGGGAGCUGUCAAGGAGCUAGCGGGAAACGAAAGUCACACUACGAGCCAAGUGACAAGUCGGCCCCCAUCGGUCGCUGGGCUAUGA